AAACUAAAUCCGAAGCAACUAAGUCCGAAGAAACCAAAUCUGAAGAAACUAAAUCUGGUGAGACUAAAGCAGAUGAGGUUAAAUCCGAAGAAACUAAAACUGAGAGUGUUAAAUCUGAAGAAAUUAAACCUGAGGGAAUUAAGUCUGAAGAAACAAAAUCUGAAGCAACCAAAGUCGAUGAAGUUAAAUCUGAGGAAACAAAGAUUAAGAAAGUUGAGGAUGAGGAAAAGAAAAAGGAAGAAACUUUAAAAGUUGAAAAUGCUGAAAGUAAAUUGAGUUCAGUUAGUAUGACAAGAAGUUCUAGUAACCGUAGUGAAAUAACUUGUAUAAACGACGAAGAAAAUGGUGGCAGCGGUAAUACCACCGAUGUUGAAGUAGAUGAUACUCAAACAACUAAGAAUAUAAAACUUGAACCAAUAAUAACAAAGGACACAACUUCACAAAUUCAAAUAUAA